AUGCUAUUUACCCCACGGACAUACUCUGCAUCACAGACUCUGGAUCACACAUCCAACCCCAGUGGUAUUGUUUCGAAACAGCUACGAUUCUCCCCGCUUGCAGGUUGGCACCCUGACCCAACAGAUGCUGAUCGCGUUACUGAAAUGCUGUUGGCCCGGCAAACCGGUAGUGUGCGUGUUGGUGAAGUUAUCAGAUAUACAUUAACGUACACACCAGCAACCGAUGAAAUCCAGCCUCCUCCAGCAGCUCUGCAUGUGAAAAUAAAAAAUACAUCAGCCAUACCACUUCGCGCUGCGUACUUGCAUGGUCCAUAUACACUAUAUACAUCAUGCUACCCACGUUCAUUUGAUCCGAACACCACAACAAUACCCGCUGACUCUGGCGAUGUGCCGCAAUUUGAGCCCUAUCUCAAAGCCGGCGGGACAUGGAAUGCCCAGAUUCCCAUACUGAGGUAUAGCCACCGCGCAGAUCCUGGAACCCCCCAAGAGGGAGAUUUAAGUGGACAGAAUACGACAUGGGUUAUUGAGAUUAUAUCUCAAGUUGUAUUCUCAAGUACCGCGUCAGUCAAUUUUGAGCUUCUGGUUGGCCGAGAUCAUACGUCACUAGAUCUUCCAUCCUUCAAUACGGAGUCUAAACCCCCUAAAGCUGCAAGCCUGCGUGAUCACUGGCCUUCUGGCUCCAAAGGCAAGCAGCUGCUUGCCGCCAAAGGCGUGUAUUCGGAUUCCGUCCAUCUGCUGAUAGAUGAUACUGCUAGUCUUUGGAAUACUCCACAGUUCCCCGUAUCAUGCGAUAACGAACGCAAUAGAAACGUGGACUUGCUGAAAAGCAGACCUUGUGUGGAGGUUGAUGGAGCUGCCCGAGCUGGAACAUCGGGGAAUGCUAAAUCGCCCACGAAACGCCGAAAAAAUAUCCAUCUUGUUGUGUUAACCCAUGGUUUACAUAGUAACCUUGGCGCAGACAUGCUUUAUCUCAAAGAGAGCAUUGAUGCUGCUAUCCAAAAAACCAGCUCCGCACGAAACGGUCAAUCCCAUACGGGCGAGCCGAUGCUAGGGCCCUCGUCAGUCCCCGCAAGAUGCAAUGUUCAUAGUGAUGAUGACGAUUGCCAAUGUGAGCACACUGUUGUAAGAGGGUUCCCAGGGAACGCGUCCCGCACCGAACGUGGAAUCCAAUACUUGGGCAAGCGUCUCGCAAAAUAUGUGCUCCUCAUGACCUAUCCUGACCAACCUCAUCUACCCCACAAAAAAUCGAAGUCUAAGAUCCAUUCCAAUCCGUUCGUUCCGUGGAGUGGACAGGAGGAGGCCGAUAAGGCUGAAUCUUCUCGCAUAUAUGAAGGGCUUUUUGACGUUGAUGAACAUCAUGCAUAUCGGAUAACAAGUAUUAGUUUCAUUGGGCACUCUCUCGGAGGCCUCGUGCAGACGUAUGCUAUCGCGUACAUCCAAAAGCACUCCCCCGAAUUUUUCGACAAAAUCAAACCUGUCAACUUUAUUGCGCUUGCAACGCCGUUCCUCGGGUUGAGCAAUGAAAAUCCUAUGUAUGUUCGGUUUGCCUUGGAUUUUGGCCUCGUUGGCCGCACCGGUCAGGAUUUAGGACUUAGUUGGACUGCACCAAGGAUUCGGAGUGGGUGGGAUGCGAUAAUCGGCGGAAAAGGAGAAUCCUCUAGGCCUCGAGGCGAUGAAAGCGACACCCGGUCCAAGCCUUUACUGAGAAUCCUUCCGUGUGGUCCUGCUCACGAGGUGCUUGUCAAGUUCAAGCGGCGCACAAUAUACUCUAACUUGGUCAAUGAUGGGAUCGUUCCGCUACGAACUUCGUGCUUGCUUUACCUUGAUUGGAAAGGAUUGCAACGGGUUGAGAAGGCAAGACGAGAGAAUGGGAUUGUUGGAACUGUGGCUGAAUGGGGGUGGUCUGAAUUGACUGGGGCAAACUCGAAGUCUCUAAAUAACGCUCGUCGUGCUAAAGAUGGCACGGAACUGACAUGUACGCCUUCAAAUGCGACGGAAACUGCGAAGCAGACUUCCGUUACAAUAGCCCCCCAACGAGGUACUACCACACAACAUUCAUCCUCUUCCGCUUCCUUUUCUUCCAUUGGGGGAAAACCUUCAAGCCAUGCCCAACCACUUUACACGGUUGAUGAUGCAUUUAUAAAUACUGAACUGGAUGGACAACCACCGCAUACGCCGUCUAGCCCCCUGAGUGGCUUCUUUUCGAUCUUUAAGCCAAAGGAACCUAAGCACAAACAAGAAAAAUUUCUCAAGCGCUCCCAGACAAUUGCUACCCCGAUAGCCCCAGAACUGAUCCAGCAGGAUGGCUCUCAUUUACAUCCCACUUCUCGUCAUACUGGAUUUAAUGCACCCCCCAGAACAACCGUAUUUGAAUCCGCUGGUGACAUCCUCAUGCCACCACUGCCCCCAGUCGAUUACAUUAUCAAUCCCGCGUCACGGCAACGGGCGAUUUUGCAUGACCGGAUUUAUCAUCCUGGAGACAUUCCUCCCCCAACAGUAAAGCGGCAGGAGACAGGGAUAAAUGUAUCACAGGAUGGAAUCACGGCAGCGGAUCGUGCCUCUGCUGAAGGCCCUGCGAAUGAGGCUGGACUUAAGGUGGAAGAGAAGAUAGCCCGGGGUUACCAUCGUGGGCUCUCGUGGCGGAAAGUUCUUGUUCGCUUGGAACCUGACGCACACAAUAAUAUUAUUGUUCGGCGAAUGUUUACGAACGCUUACGGUUGGCCGGUUGUGCAACACCUUGUCGAUGCUCACUUUGGACCGGACUCUCUGGGUAGUGAGGAAAGUAUUUGCGAAGACAUCCCAACUUCACCUGUUGCGGAAGCAGAGGAUUGCUGCCAUGGUCACACUCGGUUAGCCCCUGUUGUUCUAAAUGAUGGCAACUAG